CAACUUCGGAAUCCCCCAAAAACAAACAGCUUUAUCGAUACUCCUGGUAGACUCUGGUGUCCUGGUGACCUUCGAGAGUUCGCGUCUGACCCCCGACCGGAGCAGUUACUCCCUGACCCUGCCAAGAUGUCCAAUCACCGGAUGACCAGGCAUGCCUCCGUGGGCGCCCGUCAGCGGCAGACGCGAAUCGGGCGGAUGACCCGGCACACGAUCUUCACGAUGAAACGGCCCGUGACCUUCCAGGUGCGCAAGUCCCUGGUGGAGUACGUGGACAUGGAGCUGGCGGACAUGGACACGGCGGUGUUCUACCAGCGUAUUUUCAUCCUGGCCAAGAAUUGCCACUUGACGCCCGUGGAAUCCGUUGAGGAGUUGCCCGCCGAGGUGGCGGUGGUGGAGCAGGUGGAACCCGAACCACCCGUGGUGGAAGCCGUACAAUUCAUGGAUGAAGAACUCAUGGAAAUCAACUAUGACGAGUCGCCCACGAACACGGUGACGGAAGUACACCGUGCUCCUCCGCCGGAGGAAGUUGUUUCGGAAACCGUGGGACAGGAAAAGGAAAUUGUUACGCACAUGUUCCGUUUCAGCGAGGAAGAUGAGGGCGCAGAGGAGUCGAUGGGGGAGGAGGAACUGGAGCUAGAUGUAACGGCACCCGACCAGCCCAAGGACUUCUUUGCCAUCUUCAAGGAGCGUCUGCAGGAGUUGCACAUGCAAUGCAAGGCCACGGCCAUCACCCCGGAUCCCAUAUGCGGAAUGUACCUCCACAUGGGCGACUACAGUCUCUUGAUGUUGGAGUCCUCCGAGGACAUGAUCGGCUGCUUCACCAAGGCCUUGGCCGAUUGCUGCGAGAACUUCUGGCUGAUGAACCGCGUCUUCCAGAUCGAGGAUCAUGUGCAGGAGCUGUUCACCAAAGAGCUGAUCUUUCGCCGCAUUCCGGCUGUGUUCCUCAACGAGAAGUUCCCCACUUCCACGCCCACGGAUGAGUACCUGAUGGGCAAGCAGCAUCUGAUCAUCAAGGAGAAGAUGUUGACCAUAUGCAGAUUGAUCUCCGAGGGCCAGCAAGUGGAUCCGGAUGCUAUGUCCUUUCGCGAGGGCGAUUAUGAAGAGGACCUGCCCAAGUCCAAGUCCAAGAGCUCCAUCCAAAGCGAGCACUUGCCGGUGGAGGUGUACCGCAAGCACAUGCCGGAGAUCCAGCGAAUCGAACUGGUCCUGGCCUCCACCCGAUUCUACUACGGAUUGGACGAGUUCGCCGGACUCUACGGAAGGGUGCCCUUUGCCCCCGACGAGGAUGGUCUCUUCUGGCCCAUCCAGAACAACUACACUCCUCCGCACAUUUUCCGGCGCACUCCAUAUGACAUUAAUCUCACUUUCGCGGAAUACGCGGCGGUGGCUUCUAAGAGGAAAACCCACGAGAGUUUGGUCGGCAGUUUGGAAGUCGAGGAGGAGAGUCCACCAAAAGCGGAGACGCCUCCGAAAACUGAAUAAGCGGUUCUGAAAUUUUGUUUCUUUUGGGGUUUAACGUUGAGACUAGCAUUAAAAAAAUACAAAAAAAAUA